AUGACAGAAGCAAAUCAAUGUUCUACUUGUCGAAAACCAAUAGGAGUGAUGCAUUGUACAGGAUGUAAUGGUUACUUCUGUACAAAAGAUUUCAGAGGUCAUCGUAAAAUAUUAUCUACUGAGAUGGAACAACUCGUUGAAGAGCGUAAUAAACUACAAGAGAAAAUUAACAAAGCAACAAAACCAAACAACUCAAUCAGUCCACUAAUUGAAGAAAUCAAUGAAUGGGAGAAGAUUACAAUUGAAAAAGUGCGACAAACAGCUGAAUAUGUGCGUCAGCAAGCUAAUCAACUGUUGAAUUCAGUAUCUAUGAAAAUUACAAGUGAAUUCAAAGGCUUCUCAGAUAAGCUAGCUGAUUUGAAAGAAACUGAGAAUUAUGUUGAACAUGAUUUGGCAAAACUUAAACAGAGGAUCCAUCAAUUUAAUGUAGAUUUGACUCAACUUUCUCAAGCAACUACAAUUGAACUAAAUAAAGAAGAAAGUGAAAGAAUAAAAUGGAAUCGUAUGAUCUAUGUUCAAGAAAAAUCUGUCGAAUUUGAACGUCAACAAACACCACAAAGAAUAUUAGAAAGCCUACAAGUAACUAAACCACUUCCUCAGAGUAAACUUCGUUGUGGAGGUCGAGCUUGUGCACAAUGUGGUAAAUGUUCUGAUUUGUAUUAUGACAAAGAUAAGAAAGAUUAUAUCAGUCGUGAUGGUGUCACUUGCAAUCGUACUAUGCAUUUUCAAAUUUUUGAUGCUGCUUUUACUAUUGCUGUUGGUGUCUGCCGGUGUAACUAG